AUGGUAGCUUCGCAUGAUGAUGAUGAGCUUAGGAUAAUUCAUGAGGCUCUCUCAUCUUCUACUAAAGAUGAGUGGAUGAAAGCUCUUAAUAAUGAAAUUGAGUCUAUGAAGACAAACCAGGUCUGGGAUAUGGUUGAUCUACUGAUAGAGCGUAAGACUAUUGGGAACAAAUGGCUAAUCGGGGAAUUGCCCAUAUGGCUAUCUAAGCUAAAGAAGCUUCAGACCCUUUCACUAGGAUCCAAUCGUAUCACAGGUUCAAUUCCCAUUUGGUUAUCGACCCUUCCAAAGCUUGGCAAUUUAGAUAUAAGUCAUAACCUCCUUUCAGGUGAAUUCCCAAAGGAACUUUGUACAUUGCCAGCAUUGGUCUCACAAUUGGCUCCCGAUGGUAAUUAUUCUUUGCUUUCACCAAUUUUUUUCUUAAAUAAUAAUAUUGUUGGCCUGUUCAGUCGCCUCUCCAAAGAAAUAUUACUUGGGCAUAACAAUCUUAGUGGCAAUAUCCCCAUUGAGAUAGGAAAUUUGAAGUUUCUUCGUGUGCUGAAUCUUGGCUAUAACAGUUUCUCAGGAAACAUCCCAGACCAAUUAUCGGAGCUCACAAACUUGGAACAUCUAGUCCUCUCUUCAAAUCAAUUGUCUGGAGAAUUACCAGCAUCACUUACAAGUCUGCAUUUCUUGAGUUUCUUGAGCAUUGCCAACAAUAAACUCCACGGAGCAAUACCAUUAGGCACUCAGCUCCAAAGCUUUGAUGCCUCUGCAUAUGAGGGCAAUCCUGGACUUUGUGGCGCCCCGCUUCAAAAUGAAUAUGGACGUACUACUAUUGGCAACAAAGACAUGGACACUGAUCAUGAAGUGAAGAAAGAUACUGGAGUUACAGUUCCAUGGUUUCAUGUUAUUGUGAGUCUCGGUUUCAUUAUAGGAUUAUGGAGAGUGUGUGGUCCUUUGGCUUUGAGCCAUAAUUGGAGAGUUGCAUAUUUUGGGUUCCUAAAUAACUUGAAGGAUCAACUCUAUGUAAGACUGACUUUAUCUUUGGCGAGAUUGCUGAGAUCAACUGAUCUAUAA